CUUACCUCAGCAGCUGCAAUGCAACGGCGUGGACGACUGCGAAAACCACGUGGACGAGGACAACUGCGGAGACAUCAAUGGAUGGUCUACACAAUUUGACAGAUACUAUGGCAGUAACUACAAAAUGACUUCCUUGUAUCCCAGUAUUGUGGCAGAAACAUCUGAAUGCUUGGUCGGGUCUGCACCCAUGCAAUGCAUUUGCCAAGGUUUAGAACUUGAGUGUGAUGAGAUCAAUUUACGAGCUGUUCCAUCAGUUUCUUCAAAUGUGACUUUUAUGUCACUCAGGCGGAACUUAAUAAGAAAGCUUCCUCCUAAUGUCUUCAAAAGGUACCAUGGUCUUCAGACUCUGUGCCUGCAAAACAACAAGAUUAGAUCCAUAUCUGUCUAUGCUUUCCGAGGACUGUACAAUCUUACUAAACUGUAUCUCAGUCAUAACAGAAUAACCCUCUUGAAGCCGGGUGUUUUUGAAGAUCUCCACAGACUAGAGUGGCUGAUAAUUGAAGAUAAUCACCUCAAUCGAAUUUCCCCACUAACAUUUUAUGGACUAAAUUCUCUUAUUCUCCUAGUACUGAUGAACAAUGUCCUUACCCGCUUGCCUGACAAAUCUCUUUGUCAGCACAUGCCCAGACUGCACUGGCUGGAUUUUGAAGGCAACCAUAUCCAUAAUUUAAGAAAUUUGACUUUUAUUUCCUGCAGUAAUUUAACUGUUUUGGUAAUGAGGAAAAACAAAAUUAAUCACCUUAGUGAAAAUACGUUUGCACCUCUUCAGAAACUAGAUGAAUUGGAUUUAGGAAGCAAUAAGAUUGAAAAUCUUUCUCCACAUAUCUUUAAGGAUCUGAAGGAGCUCUCACAACUGAAUCUUUCCUAUAACCCAAUCCAGACAAUUCAAGCCAACCAAUUUGAUAAUCUUGUCAAACUCAAAUCUCUCAGCCUAGAUGGAAUUGAAAUUUCAAAUAUCCAACAAAGGAUGUUUAGACCUCUCAUGAAUCUCUCUUACAUCUAUUUUAAGAGAUUUCAGUACUGUGGCUAUGCACCGCAUGUUCGCAUCUGUAAACCAAAUACGGACGGACUCUCAUCUUUGGAGGAUCUCUUGGCGAGCAUUAUCCAGAGAGUGUUCGUCUGGGUUGUGUCUGCAGUCACGUGCUUCGGAAACAUCUUUGUCAUCUGUAUGCGACCUUGUAUCAGAUCUGAGAACAAGCUGCAUGCCAUGUCAAUCAUUUCUCUCUGCUGUGCUGACUGCUUGAUGGGAAUCUAUUUAUUUGUGAUUGGAGCCUUUGACCUGAAGUUUCGAGGAGAAUACAAUAAACAUGCGCAGCUGUGGAUGGAGAGCAUUCAUUGUCAGCUUCUGGGGUCCCUGGCCAUUCUGUCCACAGAAGUAUCAGUAUUACUUUUAACAUUUCUGACACUGGAAAAAUAUAUCUGCAUUGUGUAUCCUUUUAGAUGUUUAAGACCUGGAAAAUGUAGAACCAUUACAGUUUUGAUUCUCAUUUGGAUUAUUGGGGUUAUCGUGGCUUUCAUUCCACUGAGCAAUAAGGAAUUUUUCAAAAACUACUAUGGCACCAAUGGAGUAUGUUUCCCUCUUCAUUCAGAAGAUGCAGAAAGUACUGGAGCCCAGAUUUAUUCAGUGGCAAUUUUUCUUGGUAUUAACUUGGCAGCCUUUAUCAUCAUAGUUUUUUCCUAUGGAAGCAUGUUUUACAGCAUUCACCAAAGUGCCGUAACAACAAAUGAAGUACAGAAUCAAGUUAGAAAGGAAAUGACCCUUGCCAAACGGUUUUUCUUUAUUGUGUUUACUGAUGCAUUAUGCUGGAUACCCAUCUUUAUACUGAAAUUUCUCUCAUUGCUUCAGGUGGAAAUACCAGGUACCAUAACCUCUUGGGUAGUGAUUUUUAUUCUGCCUAUCAACAGUGCUUUGAACCCAAUUCUCUAUACUCUUACCACAAGACCAUUCAAAGAAAUGAUCCACCAGUUCUGGUAUAACUACAGACACAGAAGAUCUAUAGACAGCAAAGGAAGUCAGAAGACAUAUGAUCCAUCAUUCAUCUGGGUAGAAAUGUGGCCCAUGCAGGAGAUGCCUUCUGAGUUAAUGGAGCCAGUUCUUUUCGCAGACUCCUCUAAAUUAUCACUUAUUUCUCAAUCAACUAGAGUCAACUCCUAUUCAUAACUGACAGAUACCAAUUUCUACACAGAGAAUACUGUGAGAUGUUUCAUGAUGGAUUUAUGAGUUUAAACUAAAUGCCACAAAAUAAUUUAUAAUAAUGGCUAAAAUCAAUUCGCUUAGGAUAUGAGGUUAUUUGGGAGAAAUCAAAAUGACUGAUGCCUGUGUAAAGGGAAAUAAAUUAUAUUGAUAAUA